AUGGUCAGCGACGAAGAGCUUGAACUGGUGGGUGACCACCACGAUGGACUGGCUUCUGCCGAGGAGGUGCCUCGGCCCAGCAUCACGCGGGCACAGGCCUUCAAUCUCUACCUCAGUCAUGCCUUCUCAACGUGGAAUGCGCGGGGGUACGAGUUCGCUGCCAUCCUGUUCACGGCUGGGGCAUACCCGGAUACGCUCGUGGCAGCCGCCUUAAGGAUGAUUAUAGUAUACUUCGCCAUGAUCCUCUUCUCCAGCUCCGUGGGCCAGUGGGUCGAGCAGUCGCCGAACCGCCUGCGCACGCUGCUCUCGACCAUCGUCUGCAACCGCGGCUCCGUCGUUGUGGGCUCCUUCUUCUGGCUGCUGAUUCUUAGCCAGGAGAAUCUGGUCGGCGACGAGACGGCCUUUGUGCUGCCGCGGAACGAUGUCCUCAAGGGCAUCGGCUUUGCUAUUGCCGUGACGUUGGGCAUCGUCGAGCGGUUGAGUGCAUCUGGGAAUCUGAUAUCGAUGGAGCGCGACUGGGUUGUUACGGUAGCGGCACCCUCAGGUAGACCUUAUGACUUGACUCACCUCAACGCUGUCAUACGGCGAAUCGAUCUGGUGUGCAAGCUUAUCUCGCCGAUCAUCAUCUCCAUAAUCAUCUCCGCCCUGGGCUCGGUCCGGGUCGGAGUUGUGUUCACGGGGCUGACCAGUCUGCUCAGCAUCCCCAUCGAGGUCUUUUCUGCCACGAGAGUGUGGAAGAGCAAUGCACUCCUACAAGUCCCAAGGCCAGUGCCGCCGCCAAAGUCACAGCCCGUGCACACGCGUGGGGCCCCAUCGUGGAUAUCUCGAACCAGACAGUACUUCCGGGGCCUCGAGAUGUAUUUCAGUACCUCCGUGUGGCUGCCCUCGGUGGCCCUGGCGCUGUGCCACUACAAUAUGCUGACAUGGAGAGCCACCUUCGUCACCUAUUUGAUUAACGUGGGGUAUUCACUCAAUACGAUUACAGUCGCCAGGGCCAUCGGUUCUGUGUUCGAGAUCAGCAGUACUGUGAUCACGCCCAGGGGUAUCGUCUAUCUAGGCAAGGCCGGAUAUAAGGGUAUUCCAUCCGCAGACGAGAACGAUGAGUCGGGCGUGGGAUUGAUCGCCGGCACUCCGGAAGGGAAUCAUGAUGCCCAGACCCUGAUCGGACUGCAGAGACUGGGCCUCUGGGGCCUUACCUGGCAGACUAUCAAUACGGUACCUGUCGUCCUCGCCCUAUGGGCAAUUUCUGCCCAGACGGGCAAGCCAGAGAGUGUCGCCAGUCCUGCUUCUCGGCCCGAGGCCGAGUCGUCCAGCCCAGACCUGGGCUGGAGCAUCAUCAUGUUCUCUUUCCUCGCAUUCUCGCGGCUCGGCGUAUGGAUCUUCGACCUCACGACGCAGCAGCUGACGCAGACUAUGGUGCCCGAGAACCAGCGGUCGAGCUUCGCCGGCGUCGAGAACUCGGUGGUAAACGUCUUCGAGCUGCUCGGAGCGGGCUCCGCCGUGGCCUUCCCGCACACGGAGCAGUACCGGUGGCUGGCUCUAGUGAGCCUUCUGACGGUGAUGAUCGCUUGGGCGAUGCUCGCGGUUUGGUACACCACACAACUUCUCUGGGUUAACCAGAUCCAUUUCAUUGCAGCCGGCUGUCCUUCCCUCGGAUUCCACCUGCACCUCAUUCGUAGUCUCUACUCACUCUCCUCCACAUACCAUCUCGCCGAACCUGAUCGGCCUACCUUCUUCUGUGCUCUACCUCCCGGCAACCUUUCUGCCGUCGACCUUUCUACCAUCGACCUUUCUACCAUCGACCUCUUCACCGUCUCUACGAUCAGCACCUCUCUGGCUCCGUUCAGUGUCUACUCUGCGCGAAACGCUCACGGCAGUCUGGUGAAUGCUUCCGUCGGCUCGCUCGUUGCUGGCAAUAUGUCACCACCCCCUAAGCCUGCCAAGAAGCACUGCUUCGCCCGUGGAUACUACGAGGACCGUACCCAGCUUCUCGAAGCAAGCCAGGAUGAGGACACAGAUUUCUAUGAGAUGGGUUCUGGCGACGAUGGUGCAAUCAUCGAGGACGGCGCAUCGGUGACUGAGAAUGACUGGGUGGGAUUCGACGAGUUUCCAUUCUCCUGCGACAAUCAGGAGUCUGACGGAGAGAACGCCGUCGUCGUCCAGCAACUGGCUGCCACGAUGACCAGCAACAUGAAGGACACCGAUAUUCACCACGAUGAUCUCGUUUAUACUUACGCUAAAAUGCCUGUGGUCCCUGACAACAGCCGGCGAUCGUCGAAUACAGCCUACGACAUGAUCCUCAACAGUACUGAUGACACAGACUGCAGCAGUGACAAGUGGUCCAUCCUAUCUGCCGACACUGACGACGCUGUCGUUAUCGACAGCGACCAUGACGGUGGCCUUGAGGGGAAGCCGUUCGGCAGUCGUGGCGAUGCCGAGAACCAGUCGUUGGUUCCGGACUUGGACAGGGUUAACGCGAAGCUUUGUGUUGAGGUUGUCGGCGCUCGUGACACUACACCUCUCGCUCGGCAUCCGCGUGUCCACCCUCGGUAUGCUGCGAGAUACGGAAUGGACCCGUUUUGGCGAGUUGAUGACGGUUCCACUGCCCCGGAUACGCUUGUUUCUGCGUAA